AGUUGUGUUUCGAACAUUCAACGAAACGGAAGCCAAAUCAUUCCGAUCUUAUUCUCGCUUGUGUAAUAAAUUACAAUAGAGUGAAAAGUUUUUUUUGCGAAAUCAAAUAGAUAUUAGUUAGCCGGGCGAAUGUGCUAUUUUAGUUCUCAAGAAGGACGAAGUUGGAAAAUGGAAUGAAUUGAAGAAUUUGUAAUUUUUGUUUCGUGUUUUUUAAAACAAAAUUUAAGAUUUACCGAAAAAAAUAAAUAACGAAAACACUACUCAGACACAAGUGACCAUCACUGAAUGUGAAAUGGUUUAGAGCUGCUUCAACACCUUGCACACAAAACCGCAUUAAUGGUGAAUAAAACAAUGAAAAAUUGAGGCUGCAAGAGCAAGAAGAAACGAAAAUAUAAUCAUCUCACAUUAUCAAAGGUCAGCGGAAACGAAGCAAAUGAAAUAAAAUAUUAAAAAAAAAAAAAACGAAAUGAAAUGCUCGGCAACGAUAAGUGAUGUUUUCAACUGUCAACUGUUAUCGAAUGAACAACGCUUUACUGAAAUAUCAGCAACUGUUAUUAAGAAAAAAGAAAUUAGUGAUUUGAAAUCAAUUUCGAACAACACAACGAAUGAUUUAGAGUAGAAAGUUGCUACAAACGUAUUUACACGUGCCCCUCGUGCUACAGAUUUUUAUCUUUGAAUGCUUGAACUUUCAGUCGAUGUUUUGUUUGAAGGACUUAUUCAUAUCCACCGGUAUACGCGGAGCGUUACAACAUAGCGAACGAAAGGACAAAGAACAAAAAAUAACGUAACGGAAAUCAUUGAAAAGCAUACAGUUUCUACUCUUCUUAGAAUCUAGAGUGUGUAGUGUGCACAAAGGAAGAAGAAAAAAAAGAGUGAGGAAUAAAAAAGAAACAAGUUUGUGUGUUAUAUCUCUAUUUUCUCUGUUGAAUUUGUAACCUUAUCAUAUAUACAUCUAGGUUGCUCUGCGUUCACAUUUAAAAUACUUCUUCUUGCUGUGCGUUGCACUGCUGUGUAAGUGAGGGUUCUCUAGACUACAGAAGAGAGAGAGAGAAAAAAAGAGCCGUUCUGGACCAGGGGAAAUUAUUUCGAAUAGAGCAUAUGAAAAACAUUUGCAAAUUUUUUUCUCUUUCUUUCCUUUUUUUUAUUAUUCUCUCGUAAACUGUGCGAAUGCAUCCGCAUGAAUUAAAAUAAAAACAAAAGUUGAGUGUGAAAGAGAGAGAGAAACAAACUGAACAUCAAUAACAACAGAAAAAAAAAGCGAAACAGAGAACGUAAAUCAACAUUCAGACAGUGGCUACAUCACAUUUUUGCAUGUGUCUGUGGGUGUGUGUGUGUGUGGAUAAAAGAAUCGACGAAUCUACGCGGAAAUUUGCAACACAAUUGAAGUUGAAGUUGCGUGCGUGUCCAUGUGCAUAUAGAUUUAUAUACGCGCGUAUGUGUGUAUAUGUGUAAAAACACUAUAACUUUAAAUGCAUUUUUGCGCUGCAACGUUCGAUGGCUAUGCAAUUUAAUUUUCUGCCAUACCUCUCUGUGCUGUAAAACGAAAAAUUUGAACAAAAAAAAAAAUGGACGUGAAUGAGUGAAAUAAGCGCAUGCAUUUGAUGCGGCGGCGUAAUGUGUCUUUCUCUUGCUCUCGCCUCUCUCCAUAUGAAAAGUAUUUUGUAGUCUAUUUUCGUUGAGUGAGUGCUUUUAUGCUUAUUGUAAGUGGUAGUAAGGGCAUAGCAGAGCAAUAAGACCAUCAAGCAUCGAUAACAAAACAACAUUCACACACAAAAAAGUGGUCUAAAAGCAAAACAAAAAGAAAGAAGUUUGAACAUAAAAUACAGAGAGAGAGAAAAAAAACGAACCGGAGAAAGAACUGAUUGCGCUUUUUCAACCCCGGUUGUACUUCGUGACUGUCGUUUUAUGCCAACGAUUUAAGUCUGUGUGUAUACAUUGCACUUGGCCAUAUUUACCAUUUUUUUUUUCACGAUCAUUUCAAGUAGAAAAAAGCGGCGCACUCUUUCUGGAGUUGAUGAUUGCUCUUCAGAUCUCGUGAGUGGUAUUAAUUCCCAUGGUACACUUUUUUUCGGUACAUGUGUAUGUGUGUGUGUGUGUGUGAUUAAGAUGUUGAUGAUUGUUUUCACGGGAUUCGAAAAACGUGGACUGUAAUUUACCGGAAAAAUACAUUUGCAAUUUUGAAGCGAAAUAAAUCUGAAAUAAGGACAAAAGAGCCGUAAUCAUACAAUUCAAGUGUAGUUUGUGCUGAAAUUGUGCUUUCAACAGUAUUGACGUACACCGCGCACGGAUCAACUGAGCUCGUUUGACAGAUAAGAGGCUCGAUGAACCACAUUUUAUCAUUCAAUCAACAAAUACUCCAGAAAAAAAGAUCGCAGAAUUGGAUUGAUUUGCUGCAGCCAAAUGCACUAUCGGCUUACGAGCUUCCAAUAACUGUUCCAAACCAUAUGUUUUAGACAUAACAAAAGACUAUAAUUAAACCAACGAAGGAAAUCACAUAAACGCCUUCAAUGGUUCGAAUGGAUGGACAUUGCUUUAUCUCAGCGCUGCUCUAUGCGCUCAUUGGUUUCGAUACAUUGAUUUCGAAGCCAAUGCUUGUGCAUGCACUAUCAUUGCCAUCAUCAUCAUUUUCGUCAUCGUUACUGAGCCCACUAUCACCCGUCACAGGCGAUAAUCAACAGCAGCAUGACAGAGCGACCAACAAUGGUAAUAAAAGUCGAUCCAGCAACAAUGCAAAUAACAAUAUACCGAUGUCAAAACCGAAACUAAUGUGCAAAAUAUCCGAGUGGAAAUGCCCGAAUGGAACCUGCAUAUCACUAUCAAAAUAUUGCAAUGGCAUUCCGGACUGUGCGGAUAAAAGUGAUGAACCAGAUGAAUGUAGCGUGUGUAACCGCACAUGGUUCGGUGAUAUAGGAAAAACGUAUGAAAUGGAAAUAGAUAAGCCAAGUGCGUUGCCGUUUAUAUGUCAUCUGAAUUUUACAGCACCAGGUGGAUUACAUGGUGACAUUAUACAAAUAAAUAUUGACAAAUUUAACAUUGGCCGAUUCACAUCGCACACAAACGAUGGCUGUCCCGAUGGUUUUAUGACAAUAAGUGAGCGGAAUAUUUCAUCGUUGGAUGCCGCAGUUGGGAUGUACAGCGAUAGUAGCGGUGACGGAGGCAGCGACGGUGGCACUAAUCAGUAUGGCAAUGGCAAAUGGUGCGGCAAUGCUUGGGGCUACAAUGUAUAUUACAGCGAAAGUUCUUCCAUUAACAUAACACUGAAAAUAUUCAAAUUCGCGCAGCAGCCACAACUUACCCUAACGCCCAAUAACAAUAAUUUUUCAUUUCGUAUAAUCUACAAGUUUUUGAAGCGUACGGAUGCCAAGCUAAGGAACGAAAAGGGAAUUUGGACUGGUGAUCAUGUAGCGGGGACAUACUGCAACAAAAAUGUCUACGAUUGCGAUAGACGAAUCUGUCGAAUAAGGUCACCAAAUUUUCCCGGCAUGUAUCCACGUAAUCUGACAUGUAAAUAUCACAUUCAUCAUCGUCCGCCACCAACUGGCCUGCAUGCGAUGCUCGUUGUACGUCAGCCCGUCGGACAAAAAAUGUAUUUGAAAGACCAACAGCAAGAAAGGCACCAUGAAUCAAAUGGACGGUCAUUGAGAGCGUGGAAUCAUUGUGACUCGGUGCAGGACUAUUUAUCGAUUUUCGAUGGCAAAAGCACUGAAUUUCCCGAAUUGGCAAGAGUUUGCGGCGGUGAUUCAUUGCCAGACAUAAUAUCAAGCGGCCCGGAUAUGCUAAUCGUAUUUCAGACAUCACCGUUUGAUAGUCUUUUCCAUCCGACGCCAGUUUCAUAUUUACUUGGCUUCGAACUACAAGUCGAGGUGAUGUUUGUGAAUGCCAAUUCCCAAAUGUACACGCGACAACCGAAUCAAUGUGAAUUUGUUUUGAGUGCAUUCGAGAGUGUUUCGGGUGAAUUGGAUAGUCCAAAGCAUACGCUGCCUCCCAACACAGUAUGCCACUAUCACUUCCAAGGGCGUCGCCAUGAAAUCGUUUGGAUAACAUUCACCAAGUAUCAUUCAGCUGUUGAUCAAUCAAUCUUUGAGGCGCCCACUGAAUGUACACCACAGCUCCGUAUUUGGGAUGGUAAACUACGUGCGAAUAAUAAAAACGAUGGAUUGGUGGAAAAUGUUCGAAAUGCUUCGCUGAUGGCUGAAGUGUGUCGUGAAGAAGUACCAAAGCUUUGUUCUCGCUUAUUGAUAUCACGUGAAACGCGGCCAUGUUCAACUCAUGAGAGUUACUUGAGCAUUAGCCCUGAUAUGACAAUCGAAUUCAUGCCAAAUCCAAGCGGAACACCUCAUUUGUAUGGGCCUUCAUCUGCAUUUAAGCUUCGAUACGAAUUUUUGGAUACAAUGCUUGGCGGAGCUCCACUAGAACCAUUCUCCAAAUCAAUUGGUCCAAAGGCUAUGCCCGAACCUGCAGCCUUACUACAAACACAGUCAAAAUCUUGCAAUAGAGUUUACAGAUCAAAUGUUGCUAUGCGCGGAAUAUUCCGUUCGCCAUCGAACGUGUUUCUUUUUGGUCGUGGAGGAUCCACAAACAUCUCUUGUAUCAUUCGUUUUGAAGGAAACGCCGAUGAAAGCGUUCGGUUAACAAUAACAAGAGCGCGUUUCGGCGGUCGUUCGUGCCAAAAUGUACAAAAUCGAUCCGGCCGUUGGCAAUGUAACUAUAUGGGUGGUCCACUAUCCGACUUACGAAUUGGCGAAGUUCCUUGGCCAGAUAUUCCACCGUUGCCAAGAGAUUGUAUUUGCGCUGAUAUAUCCGGAUCGUUAGCAUUGGCGCCCAUUGCAGCUAGCACAGUGGAAGCACACUUUACCGCAUUCGAAAUGAAUAUUGAUCAAGACUUUCGUGAUUUUUAUUUCGAGGGACGUUACGAAUUCGUUAAAGAUAAUUGCCAGAUGAAUUGGGAAGAGCGUCGUUUGCAUGGCAUCAGCGGUGAGGCAAAUUUGGGUCCAUCAUCAUGCAAUGGAAUGCCAAUAAUUCAACCAUGGCUGCUGGAGCCAGAAACGGAAAAUAGCUACUUGGUAUUGAUGCUUAAAGGUUUUUGGAUGCCACCACUGUUGCAUUCAGUACCACCGUGUCCAACCGAUGCACGAAUCACCGUAUAUUCGACGAAUAAUCCGAAAGCAUCACGAGAUUUGUGUCCAUCCGGUCCUGAUGUCGUUGCAUUCUCUGACGGAUGGGAUAGUAUACAUCAAUUUAAUCCGGUGGAAAUAUCGAAGAAUCUAGUGAUCGAAUUCCGAGUUCCAUGGAAAACUGGAAUCGAUACAACUGAAUAUAAAAUCAGUUGGAUGGAAAUUUAUCCAGACAUGGAUUGCAUACACAAAUGCAGUGAGCUUCAGGCUUGUAUUGCGCCAAAGCUUUGGUGUGAUGGUCGAGUGCAUUGUCCAUCGGGGCAGGAUGAAGAUCCGAGUGUGUGCGAAACAAAUCCACCACUUUCACCGUUACGUGUUGGAUUAGCAGUUGCGGCGGUCACGAUUCUGUUGUCACUGAUCGCCGGCUUAGCGGCAUGCGCAAGACGAAGACGUGGCGAAAAACAAAAUAAUUUCCAUAGUGAUCAUGACGAUGUGAAUAGCAUGACAAUGGGAUCGAAUUUGAACAACAGCAGCAUUGUGUCUUCACACAAUCAACAGUCGCGUCGACAUCACCACAGUCAUGGACAUCGAAGCCAUCGCGGCUCAUCGCAUCCUCAUGCAUCUCUGUCGCCACUUUAUUUAGAUACUCAACCAAAUCACAACUAUUGUUGACAAGACGUUGUAACAUCAGUUUAGCUGAUUAAGUAAGAUGUGAAACCAAGAAAUCCGUUUUUAUUUAACUAUUUUCCGCCUAAUGAUUCAAAUGGAUUUACAUCCAUUUUUCCUCGACGAACGACGGUUUUGUAAGAAAAAAUAGAAAGAAAAAACAAUUAAAAAAAAAAUCAAUUCCACUCAAUAAUCGAAAUUGUUGAAAAGGAAAUAAUUAAUUGAGAGCUAGAGCAAGAGUAUUUCUAGCGUAAAAAAAAUCUUUAAUUCACUCACAAUGCAUGCCAUCGUCUUGUAAAGGAAUUCUUUUCUCAAUUUGUUAUGCAAUAAACGUAAGAGAUCCGCUCUUAUUAAAUUCACCUGAAGAAUUCAAUCUUCAUAAUUCGCUCCAAUGAAAUGAUUGCAGAGUAAUGACACAAAACAUACGAUAUCAAUUUAAAUCUAUAUUUAACUUUGAAAAUGCAUUUAGGAAAUCCAUAUAUACACUCAUUGACCGAUAUACAAGGUGUGACAACGAAAUCGAACUCAUUUGUUUUUUUUUAACAUGAAAACAAAGAAUUUUUUUCGAUAUUUUCAGAAGAAAAAAAAUUCAGUCGCGACCAUGUUGAUUACGAUGGUUGUAUACGAUUUUAAUUCCUAUUCAGAUCUAAUGAAAGAUGCCGAAAAAUAUGCACUUUUUAUGGAAAACGGCUUCAUUUUUGGAUCUGCUUCCACUUCGUCCUCUAUCUAUAAUCCACUUUCUUGGAAGAUAAUUAUUUACACCACAGGCCAUAAGUUUGGACACCCCUAUGAAACGUUUGUUUCUACGCUUUUGAACAUUUUCACUUGAAAUUUAGUAUUGGAUAUGAAAAUAUAUCGAAAUUCUGACCGAAUGGAUGAUUUGGAAGAUAACAUUUGGCCGGCCUAUGGCCAUCUUUUGGCCUUUGAGCUGUGGGAGCCAAAAUCGAAGUCUUAAACGGGCCAUCGGAUUAAAAAGUUAAAUACGCCAUUGGAAAGGUCUUGAAAAGUAGAUGUGAUUUUUAGUAUUAAACAUCAAAAUCGGCCGGCAUUCGGCCAAGAUAUGGCCGUUUGUAAUUUUUGGCCGAAAUCUUCAAUCAGCCAUAUCUUGGCCAAAAGCUCGCCGAUUUUGAUGUUUAAUACCAAAAAUGAUACGUACUCUCUGAGACCUUUCCAACGACGUAUAGCAUGUUGAAAUUGGACAAGAGGUUUGAAAUUUAAAAAUUUUGGGCCAAAUUCAUUCAUAGGGGUAUCCAAACUUAUGGCCUGUGGUGUAAGUAAUCAUAACGCACUUCCAACAAUUGAAUCAGAUUCUCAUUUUUUGGAAAUAUUGAAAAAAAUUCAUUUGUUCCAAAGGGUUCCAAUUUCGUUGUCACACCCUGUAGCAUUUCAAACAAUUUCAAUGAACAAAUUUGACGCACUGAAUAAAUUUAUUUUCA